AGUUCCCGUCCUCAUUGCCGCGCUUUAUGUUUAGUAUGGCACUACCCGUCUGCUGGUUAAGUCAGAGAAGUUCGUGUGUUCGUUUACUGCGUUCGCAAACUUUUGAGUAUUAAAAAACUUGUUUUGGAUGUAAUUUCGGACACGUAUUAAUGUAUGCACCUAUUAAUAUUCUGGUGAUUCUCUGACAUAUUUAAUUAUUUCAGUGUUGUGCUUGUUUUAAUACAUAUAAAUAAAUCCCCAUCGUAACAUUAAAUAAUACUAGUUUGUUUAAGUCAAUGUGAAAAAUGAUUGUAGCAUGUAAUGUAUUUCAAAAAGAAAAAAAUAGUACAUUACAACACUGUCGCAAAUUUCAAAGUCACUUUUAGAGGCGCGUGAUUACGCAGGCAUGGAAAGCGUUAACAUUAAAUAUUGAUAAGAGAGAUACCAUACUCCCGUCUAACUACAAACGUACUUUUCACCAAGUUUUCCCUUAUCAUGGAGAAAGGUAGAAAUGAUACAAAUACAUUUACAUUUGAUAUAAAUACAUACCCACAUAUAUUAAGCGCAACAAAACCAAUUAAACGAAAUAAAUAAGAGACAUAUUUAGUGGAGAAUGAAAAAAGAAACACGGAACACGGGAAAUGCAACUAGAUAAUUUGUAUAGAUUCAAUUGAAUAUGUGUACAGAUGUGUCUGCAUCAUGUAUAUAUUUAUUCCUAUGAGAGCGUGAGAUAAUUGUGUGAAGUUAUUUAAUCGAAACGGCACUUGCACAAACCAAUGAUAUGUUGACGUGGUAGCACAGUUAAUUACAUAUGUAGCUCUCUCGCAUCUUAAUUUUCAGUAUAAUGAAAUUAUGCGCAAUAGUGUAGACUUAAUUUCCAAUUAAUUUUGUUAUUGAUAGUGACAUAAGAAAGUGAAAUGAUAUAUAUAGAGUCCAAUCAAUUAUUAAACUAUUUACAAUUUGUAAAGCAAAGUGCUACCUUAAUAUAUAUUUAUCGUUAUACGAUUUUAGUUGGAAAGUGAAAAUAAGGAAUUCUGUAGUACCGAGAUUAAUAGAGGAAUUUACAUCUCCAAUCGUUACCACCACUUCAAGACCAUCAUAGCGGAACCGCCUUAGCUAUGAUUCUUCUAGUACACAGUUAGCAUGUAUCACAGAGCUCAGUGGUCAAACUGUCCGCAAUAGUUCUCAACAUAAUAUCGAUACAGACAGAGGAAAUAGCUCAUGCACUCCUACUUUAUUUGAUUCCAGCUUCGAUAGUGGUAUAGGUAUGGGGGCUAGUGGUACGAUUGGUAACGCUUCAGUAGUUGAUGAAAAAUUAACCUCUAAAACAGAAGAUAAUAAAACUCUUAAAAGUGCUCGCGAUAUUGCUCGAAAGGAUCUUGAAAGCGUCAGUGGCAAAAAUACUGCCGGCUUUCACGGUGAACUUAUCACAUUUGCAAGCAUCGCCACUGGCAUUGGUAACAUCUCUGAGGAACAAAGAUGCCGGAAAUUAAGAUACGAACGUCUUCAGCAAUGGCGACUCAUCCUAUUCGCGUUGAAUCGACAAAAAUGCCAAUACCGACAGUUGCGGGAGCGUCUCAGCAAAAUUGGUGAAGGACGAUUCACUAAAGAAGAACCUGUGAUUGAUAACACUUGCAAUGUUUGCUCCCGUCAAAUCCAUAUAAUUGAUACUAAAAGCUUUAUCACGUGUUGUGAAUGCAACAAAAGAAUAUGCAACGAUGUCAAAUGCUCAAAUUUGUUAGCAAGAUCAGGUCGGUGGAUAUGUCAAUUAUGCCAUGCUCCGAAGAAUUCGCUUACUCACACCCAGUCUUGGAUAGCAGAACAAAUGUUCUUCAACCGCCAAAAAUAUGUGUAUCACCCAAUGCGAGCACGUAGUGAAAUUUACAUUCCGAUAAGAGAUUAUAAUGAAGGUUCUACAAUUUUCGAAAGCGUUAGCCAAGUAGGACUAAAUCCCUCUGUUAUUACUGCAAACCAAAAGGCGAAAAUACGCGAAUAUGUAGAAGAAGUGGAGUCUACACUGUUGGGCGGAUCGCUAGACCAAAACAGAGUCACUCAACUAUCAAAAAGUGAAAAUUAUCUUCCUGGCAUCAUGAACAACCAUGCAGUUCAUCAACACUCCGUAGGCCUGAAUAACAACCAAACCAAUGAGAACAUAUUGACUAAGUUUCCCGAAAUUUCACAAACACGACUUCGUCAUAUGGUUGAAUCAAUAAUUGCCGAAAUGCUGGCAACUCCAAAUCUGUCGAAUGUGAAUGUGUCUGAACUAGAACUCAAUACACAUAAGAAUGGAAAUGGCCGUCCACAGCAUUGCCACCGUUAUCGUACUGAGCACUAUUUUGAACCAAGAGCAUAUCAGGAUUUCCUAACCACGACAGUGCUGAAUAAGAUUAGCCACAAAGAAGCAAAUGUUCGUAGAUUUUCUGAGAGUACACCAGAUCUAUGUUCAAGCAACAUUGACGUCAACUUUAAUAUGGAGGAUCGUAGCACAUCGUCUAACAGUUCUUUGGGACCUACAAGUGCUUUCAGCUAUGCAGAUGCAGAGCGAUCACCAAAGGUGAGUUAAUUGUUUACAUUAUUUGUUUUUCGUCAAUUUUUAA